CACUUUGGCAGUAGGCGCUUCCAGAAAAACCCCAAAGCAUCUCUUCCCCGCUCGACACACCUUGAACCCUGGCGACUCGCUGGAAGCAGGCAAGCCCGACGCACGAAGCGAUCCCACAGCUCGGCUCCUUGUCCCCGCCAGCGGCCGAUUUAGAUGGAGAUGGCGGCGGCGGCGGCGGCGGCGGCCUCCGACGAAACCCUAGCUGCCGUCUUCACCCAGCUCAAGCCCCACACCGUCGCUAUCCUCGACCUCCUCCGCAGCCGCCGCGCCUCCUCCAGCUCCGCCUCCUCCCUCCGCGAAAUGGCCGCCUUCCUCCGCUCCGCCCCCGCCCCUGCACUGCAGCUCUGCUUCGAUUAUACAGUGUUUCCACUGCUGCUGCUCCUGGAUGCGGCGGUGCAGUGCAGGAAGCAAGGCAAUGCAACGGUGCAGGGUGCUGGGGACAUUGUCAUCACUGAUGCGGUCGCUGAAGCUGGGCUGGCCUGCCUUGAAGUGCUCCUCACCAAGUGUCGCCUCACCUCGGUCAAUCAGAUGGUCGCGAUGCUGAAAAAAUUGACUUCUGGGGCUAUGCUUUCACCUUUGGAGGCUUCAGAGGAAUUCCGCAGUGGAAUCAUAAGAUGUUUCAGAGCCAUGGUUUUGCAGUUACAACCAUGCUCUGAGCGGUCUUGUUCUUGCAAGCAAGCAACAGUGUUGCCUACGACCUCAACCAAUACAAACUUGGAGACCGGGAGUGUAGUUUGCUCAAAGCUCCAUGCACAUCCAGAGGAGUGCCUGCUUGCAUUCCUUCAGUCUCAAAAUGCUUCAGCUGCGGUGGGACACUGGCUCUCACUUCUUCUACAGGCAUCAGAACUUGAGGCAUCAAGAGGGCACCGUGGAAGUGCAGAUGUCAGAAAGGAAGCAUUGCAUGCUCUCCGCAUUCUUAUUGCCAAGGUAGGUUCUGCUGAUGCACUUGCCUUUUUCCUUCCUGGAAUUGUCAGUCGCCUUGGAAAGGUUCUCUACACAUCUAAGACUAUGAUUAGCGGUGCUGCUGGGAGUUCUUUGAGCAUUGAGCAAGCCAUACUUGGAUUGACUGAGGCUUUGAUGAUAGUUUUAAAUGACAAGGAAAAUUUUAGUGCACUUGAUACGGCUAUAAAGGAGGAUUGGGCCCAUUCUUCUGGUGGCGGCGAUUCAACUGAGCAUGUAUUGCAGAUGCUUCGCCAAUUACCAACGAAAAGUCUAUCUGAACAGAUAGGCCAUGAUGAAACUACAGAUGACUCUACCUUCUAUGUCAAUAAUUCCUUUGCUGAUAGAAAGGCACUACAUGUGAAGCGAACCAAAAAAUGGCUUGAGGAAACAACUAGUAAUGUUGAUAAGUUGCUUUCUGCCACAUUCCCACAUCUUUCUAUUCAUUCAUCCGAGAAGGUGAGGAGGUCAGUGGUUAGUGGUGUAAGGGGGCUUUUGUCUAGUUGUGGCUCUACAUUAAAGAAAAGCAAGAUGCUACUUGUGGAAUGCGUAUGUGUUCUCGCAUGUGAUGAUGCUGCAGCUGUGUCUGAGGCUGCACAAGAUGCUCUCCUUUAUCUUUUCAACCAGGGUCACAAUUUUAUUACAGAAAAUGAGAUUUCUGAUAUUUUUACCAGGCUAGUUGAAAGGUUGCCACAAGUGGUACUUGGAAGUGAGGAGACAACUGCUCUGUCGCAUGCUAGGAGGCUUUUGGCUCUGACAUUUUAUGCAGGCCCUCAGUUUCUGAUAAAUCAUCUUCACCGUUCUCCUGUUACUGCUGCUCGUUUCUUUGAUUGUUUGGGUUUAUGCAUAAGUCAUAGCUCACAGUUUUCUGGUUCCAUGGACAAGUUAAUUGUAUCAAAGCCACUGUCUGUUGGGUAUCUCUAUUCUGUUGCUGAGUUGAAGAGCGGUGCCUAUUCUAAAGAUACGAUUAACAGUUCCCUGCAUGCCACAUCUACAUCUGCAGCCUCCUCUAAAAUAUCUGUUAUCCAUGAUAAUGGUUUGUCAAAUGCUGUACUUGGUACAGUUGAAUAUGAGUUGCCCCAUGUGCCACCAUGGUUUGUUCAUGCUGGCAGUCAGAAACUUUACUUGGUUCUUGCUGGAAUAAUUAGACUUGUUGGUCUGUCAACAGUAUCAGGGAAGGAAACUGCUGCAUCCUUAUCUCCUUUUGUUGAUAUUCUACUCGAUCACUUCAGGAGGUUGAGCACUGAUCUGCGAUCCAAAAAUAUUUACAGAGAUGGUUUGGACAGGUGGUACAUGAAAAGUGAAGCUGGACAUACACUACGCAAGGCAAGUUCAGCUGUUUGCAUGCUCAAUGAGCUCAUAUAUGGUCUGUCAGAUAGAUCCCUUGGUAUGUUUUUACAACUGUUCCAGAAGAGAUCAGCACAAAUGAUAAGGACAGCUCAUCAGAAUGAUCAAUUGACUGCUUGUGUGGAACAUAAUGAAAGAAAAGUCUGGGGAUUUAAUGAACAAAAGGACACUAAAGACAAUAUUAUUCAUUGCAUUGGCAGUAUUCUGCAUGAAUAUGUAUCUCCAGAAGUGUGGGAUCUUCCAACAGAGAAGGAUGUUGAGCUAUCCCUAACAGAGUUGAACUUGCCAUUGCACUUCUACCGUGAUACCACUGCAUUGCACACGGUGAUGCUUGAAGGAAUUGGAGUCUUGGGUGUUGUUCUUGGUCAAGAUUUUGCACGUAGUGGGUUUAUGCACUCUUCCCUUUAUCUUCUGCUCCGUGAACUUAUCAGCUCAAGUGCUCAGAUAAGAAUGGCAUCAGAUGCUGUCUUAAGAGCACUUUCUGCUGCUGGCGGUCAUUGUUCGGUUGGCCAAUUUGUUGUCGCGAAUGCAGAUUACAUUGUUGACUCCCUCUGUAGACAGCUGCGUCACUUGGACAUGAAUCCUCAUGUCCCUGAUGUUCUUGCUUCCAUGCUGUGUUACAUUGGUGCUUCUCGUGAUAUUUUACCAUUCUUGGAAGAACCGAUGCGAGCAGUUUCAUCUGAGCUGGAGAUACUUGGCAGGCAUGACCACCCACAUCUAACUGUUCCAUUUCUGAAGGCAGUUUCUGAGAUUGCCAAGGCAUGCAGACAUGAGUCUACUAGUCUGCCAGAUGAUGCACAAUCAUUUUAUGUGAAGGUUAGUACAGAAGGGCAAGAAGUAAAAACUAUGACUGAGAAGAGAAUGGAGUCCCGUGCAACUUCUGAAAGAAUGAAUGUUGAUGCUCAACCUGAUUUAAUGAGCUUGGAAUAUUGGGAGGAUUUACUUUGUAAGUUAAAUGAGAUGAAAAGAUAUAGGAGAAUAGUUGGAUCACUUACAGGCUCUUGCUUGUCAGCUUCCACCCCACUUCUCUCUUCAACUAAGGAAACAGCUUGUCUCGUGGCCCUUGAUGUUGUGGAGAAUGCUAUUAUAUCUAUCGCGAAGGUCGAAGAGGCUUACAAGUGUGAAAAUCGAAGCAAAGGAGUUAUUGAGGAGGCUAUCCAGUUUCUGUCAUUUGAUGAACUUGAUGGUACAGAUGCCUCCGAAGAUGUUGAUGAGAAUCGAUUACUCCCAGCUAUGAACAAGCUAUGGCCUUACUUGAUUAUCUGUCUAAGGAACAAGGUCUCAGUGCCGGUUGUUAGAAAGUGCACCGAAGUAUUGAGUAGAGUGAUUGGUAUAUCUGGUGGCGAUUUUUAUGUACGCCGGUUUCAUAAGGAUGGACAUAUUGUUUGGAGGUUGCUGGCGUUAUCUCCAUUCCGAAGAAAAAGAAUGUCAAUGAUGGAUGAAAAAGCAAUCAUUUUACCAUAUAGGGAUACCUCGCUUACCUCGGAGGAACCCAUGUCUGAGAUCUCCAGUCAAAAAAUUCAGAUUGCAGUCCUGGACAUGAUCGCUGCAAUAUCUUCCAACAAGAGAAGUGCCAUUGCAUUAGAAAGUGUACUAAAGAAGGUUUGUGGUCUUGUUGUAGGUAUCGCCUACAGUAGUUUGACAGGUUUGCAAGAAGCUGCGGUAAGGGCAUUGGCAGGCCUUGCCUGUAUGGAUGCUGACCUUGUCUGGCUUCUGUUGGCGGAUGUUUAUUACUCACUAAACCAAAGGGAUAUACCUUUACCGCCGAACCAAGAUGUGCCGGAGCUAUCAGAUCUUUUGCCUGCACCAAUGUCUUCGAGAGAAUACCUAUUUGUACAGUAUGGAGGCGAGGGUGUGAGAUGUGAUGUAGAUCCGUCAUCUGUUCAUGAGGUGUUCAAAAGGAUGCAGGAUGUGGUUCUAACGUGAAAAUCAGGUUUCUGAUCCUCCCUUUGUAUAUAACCUUGCCGAGGGGAUUUUGUAUCACUGCUGGCAGUCCGCCCGUGUCAGCAUUUUGCAACUACUGGAAAAUGGUGAACUUUUCAGUCCCUCUCUGCGAAAUAGAGUUUCAAUCCAUAAGGCAAUGAAAAUGGAAGAAACUUGCAUGAGCAGGAGAAGCAAAUUACCAAAGAUAACUAUAGUUAGACAGUUUAUGAUGUGGAGAUCUUUGUAGAAGCCAUUUAAAAUUAUUGAACCUACCACAUGCUUAGGCCCAUUUUCGUAUCUGCAUCAGUCUUGUUUCCCUGAUUUUGUAUGUGCUGUACUUCACACGUCAGAAGCACACACAUGAAAAAGACCAAGCACACACAUGACAAGUCUUUCACUAUUCACUUCUGUCAUCUGUUACAUUUUUUUAGCAUUUUAAGGUAGCAGUGGUGUGCUUUCUUCAUAAUGCAUAUAUAUUGUUAGCUAAAUAUAUAUCUUGUGUAUUGCUAGCAUAAAAUUUCUUUUGACAAAACUCUGGUCCAACCUUGAGUGCCCCAGAUUUUUCCCCCUUGCAAAACAUCAGGAAUGAUGAUGAACUGAACCAGGGAGCAUCUUUGUGGUCUCACUAUUGGGUAGGUCAUUGGCAUUAUGCUCGGUCGCUGGAAUCAGUGUAGAAUGCAAUCUGUUUCUAUCAAGCAAUCACACUUGACAUGUGUGUAAAUCAUGGACACUGUUCUCAACAAUUUUGUGAGCAAGGAGCAGCAACUCGGAGGGAUCAGGCUACAAAUUACGACACAAGGGAAACUGGAAAGAACGGGAUAAUGUUCUGAUUGGGAUACUUGUGUAAUUAUAUCAAGCAAACUGUAUCUCAUGAUGGAGUUUAGUCGUGUAAAGAGGAAGUUAGAUGAUGUGUAUAAAGCCAUCUCUGAGCUGGUUCUUUCCGUUUUUGAAGCGUUUUUUUCUGGGUCUGGGAUGCCCGUCAAAAUC